AUGGCUCAAGAAACUAGUCACUGUCAAGUGCCUAUGCUUUGUCCCACUGGCUGCAGAUUUUGUGGAAACCCUCAUACAAAUGGCAUGUGUUCAGUAUGCUAUAAAGAACAUCUUCAAAGACAGAAUAGUAGUAAUGGCAGAAAAGCUCCCCCUGCAGCUCCUGUCAGUAGUCUGUCUGAAUCUUUCCCCAUCCAGUGCACAAACGGCAGUGUCCCGGACGCUCAGUCACCGCUAGAUUCCAUGUCUGCGUCUGUGCUGCCAAGCCCUGUAUCAAAUCAGUCACUUUUAUCAGUAUCUGUAGCAUCUUCCCAAUUGGACAGUACAUCUGUGGAUAAAGCAGGACCUGAAACAGAAGACCUACAAGCUUCUAAAGCGGGACUUACUGGGUUUGAAUGCCGGUGUGGAAAUGUUUGCUGUGAUGUACACUGUUACUCCGAUGUACGCAGUUGCUCUUAG